UUCGGCAAAGAAUAGUGCAUCAUCCAUCCAAUGUAGACGUCUUUUUUUUUUUCAUUCCGUUGUUUUCUGUCAUUUUACAAUCGUAACUAUUUAAUUUAUUUUCGCGAAAAAACAUGUACAGAGACUAUUGUGUAACAAAUCAGUGUAUUAAGAAGUUGGAAGAUUAAAUUUUGGUGAUAAAGCCAUAACGCAGAGGCAUGGGGGGAAGAUCGAAGCACUCGUCUCCAAUAACAGAGAUGCAGUAGUUCCUAUGUCUGUGAUCGAGGCAGUGACUAUCGUAUUGUGAUACAAGUCCAUGUUUCCAUCGGAAGUUCCAUUCGUGUAGUCCGCAAUGGAUACGCUACAAAUAGGGCAUGGUCACAGCAAGGGGUCGAGUAGGAGUCAGUCGCCGUCCGCCGUGGACCUGCGAGACCCCGCGGUGGUGACCGAUGACGUCAUCAGGUCCAGGGUCCAGUCACCGUCGACAGCUCACCAUGAGUCUAUUCGCCAUGUGGAGCCGCGAGCCCACCAUGUCAAGUCGCACUCACGAGAUAUGGGCAACAGCCCGCUCUCUGGCAACACCACGGUUAACAGUUCUAGAGAUUUGGAAGACUCGCCGCAAAAGAAGAGUCUGUCAAACAUCCUAACACCGAGCGACUACGCGUACGCGGUCGUCAGCCCCAACGUGUCGUACGCGCUCUCGUCCGACGAGUACGGCUCGCCCGCUUACAGAGGUCAGGAUGGAGACUAUAUUAAUCAAGAUGAAGGAGACGGUAGCGGCAGCGUGUCGGCGAAGGCGCAGGCCGCCAUCGCGCAUCUCAACAGUAAGAUCGAGCGGACCAAGGAGCUCAUCCGGCUGGAGCAGACUAUACGAGACGACAACGUGAAUGAAUACCUGAAGUUGGCAGCGAACGCCGACAAGCAACAGCUGCAGCGCAUCAAGGCGGUGUUCGAGAAGAAGAACCAGAAGAGUGCGCUCUGCAUCGUGCAGCUGCAGAAGAAGCUGGACGGAUACAACAAGAGAAUCAAGAGUUGGGAGCAACAUGGCACAAGUGGACAGCCCCAUAGACAACCCAGAGAAGUGUUGCGGGAUAUGGGACAAGGUUUAAAGAACGUGGGUGGCAAUAUCCGCGACGGCAUCACCGGUCUGGGCGGCAGCGUGAUGUCCGCGCCGCGCGAGUUCGCUCACCUGUUCUCGCGCUCCAACCGCUUCGGCUCCGCCGACAACAUCGCACAACUCGCCGAAAACACGGGUCCCUCGAACGCGUCGUCGGAAGGUUCGCGCGCGUCCGAAGCGGGCGAGGGCGGCGGGCGCGGGUCCACGCUACCGCGCGCCGCCACGAGCGCCGCGUCGCCCGCGCACAAGUACUCGCCCGACGCGUCGCCCUCGUCCUCCGUCACCAGUGAGGGCGCGCCUUUCCUGCUGUGCAACAGGUACCCCACGCAGUCCAACUCCAACAACAUGUCGGAGGCCACGUUCAGCAUCAAGCCGAUCCUCAACGAGCUGAGGGAGAGGAGGGAGGACUACGAGCGGCUGGCGGAGAAGAUGGACGCGCUCAAGAACCUCUCCCAAGAGGUGUCUUUCCUGUCAGCGGCGCUGCAGGAGGAGCGCUUCAAGACGGAACGACUGGAGGAACAAAUCAAUGAUCUCACUGAACUGCAUCAAAACGAGGUAGAAAAUUUAAAGCAAGCGUUAACGGACGUAGAGGAGAAAGUACAAUAUCAGAGUGAAGAACGAAUACGAGACAUACAUGAAGCGUUAGAUCUAUGUCAAACUAAAAUUAGCAAAUUAGAGCAAUGGAUGGCGGGCGGGGGCGGCGGCGGCGGGGCGGGGGGCGCGGGCGGGGACGCGGGCGGCGCGGCGGCGCUCCCCCCGCGGCUGCUGCUGGUGAAGCUGCUCAACGUGGCCAUCACGCUGCUGCAGCUGGCGCUGCUGCUCGUCGCCACCGUCGCCGGCGUCGCCAUGCCUUUCCUGCGCACGAGAGUGCGUGUGCUAACAACGAGUUUAGCUGUAAUGUUGGGUGUGAUGGUGCUCAAGCAAUGGCCGGAAGUGACCCAGCUCUCAGAGCAUCUGCUGCGACGGCUCAAAGAGUACCUCCUCGACAAACACCACGAUAGGUAUGAAUGCAAGUCGUUGUGUGGUUGAUAUGUAAUCGGCGUUUUUGGUGCAAAAUGGUGGUAUUGCAAUUUUGUCCUGACUUUAUUAACUUUGUGAAGACUAGCACCCUGUCAGUUAUUUAGCUGAUUUAUAUCCGGUGUCUAUGAAUAUGUUUUGAACUGUCAAGACAAGAUAAAUAAGUAUAACCACUUCAGAACCUAAGGUGCUACGGAAAUGGGGAAAAUCCGAAAAAAAUACUUUGUACACGCGUCUAAAGUUGGAUAUAUCAACAAAAUAACGUCUUGAAUAUUUUUUCUAAAGCAAAAAAUAAUGGCUAGUUUAAUAGAUAAUUCCAAUUUCUCGUUUGUAAUUUAAAAAAAUCAAUAAAAUGAUGUCUUGAAUAAUUUUGUCUAUGAAUUUCAUUCGUAACGAAAAUAGUGAUUCGUAUUUACCCCUAAAAGCACCAUUGUUGUCCAGUGAAUUGAUUUUUUUUUUGAAUAACAAGGCCCAAGGUUCGAGUCGUAGGUGAAGGUUAGCAUUAUUUUUUUUUUCAUAGGACUUUAAGUUAGUAUUUUUAUAUUAAGAGAGGAUAAUUAAAUUAAUUUUAUUCACAUUCUCGAAGUUGUGUGUAAGAUGAAUAUGCUGUGAUUUUAUAAUAUAAUUUUAUAUUGAAUUAAAUAAUUACAUUACUUUGCGAAAGUUUAUGAUGAUAUUAUAUGUUUUUUUAGUAUUUUUCCCAAAAAUGUGACAAAAAGUUUUGCGAUGCCGUUAAAAAGUCUUCAACUUUCACUCCGAGUAGACACGUAUCUUAAAAAAAAAUUAAUCAAAUUAAGUAUUUUCAUGUUUUUGCGGAAAACACUAAAAUAAAAUUGUUCAUCGUACAUGUGAUUCUGUGUAAUUAUAAUUAUUGUAAAAAUAUAGUGACUGUUUGUAGCUUUAAAUCCAACAAAUAUUAUUUUUCAAUUUUAUAAAAUUCAUUUUAUACUUAUUUAUCUUGCUUAACAAUUACGAAAGGUUUUAUCAUGUCGACGAUUUAAAUACGUUUUUAGUUAAUUUGGUGGACGGAACCUUCACUGUGCAAAAAGUCUAUAUUAUAUUAUAACUCUUCGGUUACUGAAUAAUAAGCACAGAUUAUUCAAUAAAAAAUAAACUGAUUUUCAAAUAAUAUGUGUUUUUGAAUAUUUGCGGAGUGACGUCAAAAACAAAAAAAAAUACAUUAUACAAAACAUUUACUUGUUAUUCUUUUGAACAAAAUCAAGUUUUUUUUUUGUUGUAUUUUAUAAAAACUACUGUUCUUUUGAUGUUACAUAAAAAAUGAAUCGAUGAUUUUUUUUGUAUAAUUAGUUAUGUUUUUAGUCAAAAUUGUUUUCGAAAUAGACGGCGGGGGUAACUUGACAGAUUUGGAAGCUACUUUUUAAGUGCAAUGUUUUUCUAAUAUUAUUUGAUGUAAUGUAAACAUUCCAAAAUUUCCUACUGAUCGAAUCUAACGUGGCGUAAAUUAUUAUAUUUGUAGAUUUACCAACUCUCUCCUCCACACCUUUGUCUUAGUGUACUAAACUGUGGUGUUCGCCUUAUUUUAUGUAUAGAGCGUGCACAACUACUUGGCUACACUUAUUUAAUACUAGCUGACGCCGUGCUAUUUCACCUGCGUGGUUCGCGUUCCCGUAGGAAUAUGGGGAUAAUAUAUAGCCUAUAGCCUUCCUCGAUAAAUGAGCUAUCUAACACUGAAAGAUUUUUUCAAAUCGGACCAGUAGUUCCUGAGAUCAGCGCGCAAUCAAACAAACAAACAAACUCUUCAGCUUUAUAAUAUUAGUAUAGAUUUAUUUAUACACUUCAUUGUAAACCACAGAAUAAGGAAUAUGAUAGGAUCUGCUUAUAGUAAUUUUAAUGAUCGCAGAUAAACCCAGAAGAGAAUAAAAAUAUAUAACACACAUAAAACAAAAUAAAAAAGUAGAAUACAAAAAGCUGGCCUUAUCGCUUCAUAGCGAUCUCUUCCAGGCAACCUUAAGUUUAGAAAAAUACAGACAGUUCCGGGUAGGAUAUCUACUUAUUUAAAAUAGAUAUAAACAUUAGAAGAAUGAUCAAAUACAUGAGAAUACCGGAUAGUCCCUAUCAUACCAAUAAGUGCUAAUUUGACAAAGAUCAGUUUUGCAAAUUGCUAUUUUUAUGUCAGGUACUGAUUUUGGUAAUACAGAGAAUGCCGCGAAGAACAUAAUUAAGAUACUAGCUGACGCCGUGCCAUUUCACCCGCGUGGUUCCCAUUCCCGUGGGAAUACGGGAAUAAUAUAUAGGUUAUAGCCUUCCUCGAUAAAUGGGCUAUCUAACACUGAAAGAUUUUUCAAAUCGGAUCAGUAGUUCCUGAGAUUAGCGCGUUCAAGCAAAAAAAAACAAGUUUCAUAAUAAGUUUGAAGUGUGUUUCAAACUUAUUACAAAACUCUCCGGCAAAUUUAUUUUCUACCUAAAACGUGGCCAAGAAGUUGAGUACGAUGAAUUUGUAUAUUAUGUAAAUAUUGUUUUUUAUUACGAGUAUGUGAGAUAGUUCUUUCACCAUUUGUAUAUUUUUCAUUUACGGAUGUGUUCGAAUUAGCCAGCUUGUGGCUUAUUUGAAUGCGUCCGAACCCGAAGUGUAUUGUCCUUAGUGUCGCCGCACACGGGCCACACGCGACAGUCACAAACGCCGCCACAAGAAGCAAGAAGGGGCCACAAAAGUAGCUGAAGCGCGUGACAGCCUCUUGUGACCGGUGGCUGCUGCUUUUUUAACACGUUCGCUGCGACCUCGUACCACACCACAAAGUUUUAGUACGAGGUCAAAAAACCUCGUAUUGUAUUGGUAAAGAACUGAAAAAUCAGUGCCGCAAGGAACGUGUUAACCCAUACAUGCAGUAUCAAUGGCCGGUGCGGGCCACAAGAAGCGAGCAGCGACGAUUGUAGCGUGUGGCGGCCACCGGCGUCAACCGUGUGCGGAGAGUCCAUAUAAAAUGUAUGAAACUACAGGAAAUAUGCCGGUAGCGACGCUUUGUGGUUGUGGCAGGUGGCCCGUGUGCGGGAGCCCUAAGUUGUACAAUAUUGGCGACUGCUAUUAUUUAAUUUUAUGUGAGUUGUAUCACAAGGUUUUUUUUUUAAUGUUUUUUCUGUAAUACUAUACGAUUUGCAAAGUUGCGCGGUGUUUGGGCGUCGAUCGUUAAGGUGACUUAUUUUUUUGGCUCUGAGUAUACUAUUCAGCUACUAUUAUACUGCUAUAAGCCGAAUAGCUCAACUCUAAGGGCCAUUUUCAUGAAUCGCCUUCCAGGGCUUUUCUUAAAGGUAACAGUCUGCUAUCUUGAUCAAACCACGCAGCAUUGCAAAAAAAAAAAUCGUGAUAAGAAUGAUUUAUUAAGAACCACUUUUAUAAGUUAAAUGGCCGAUAUAUUUUUUUUAUUUUUCCAGUUACAAUUGAUUUCGUUUUAUUAUUUUAUUUACUUACGUGACGUGAAACCAGAAGUAGUAACUUUAUUUAGAGAUUUGAAUAAGAAUUAUUUAUCGUCAAAAAUUAAACAAUUUACUUAAUGUCUGACAAUUGUUAUUUUAAUGUUAAGCCGUUUAACUUAUAAGGUGGUAUUCUAUAAGUAAUGUAAAACUGUAUUAUACUUAAUUUCUGUGAGCUCUCCCGUGUAUUGUAUGUAUGUAUUGCGUAGACGAACGACGUGUAAAAUACUUCAUAUUCUGUUGCCGGCUAUGGAUUGAAUUAAAUCAUCACAAUUUUAUUCAAAAA